AUGGCGGAUCGUAAUACAAUUGGUGACAGUGCAGCUGCAUUGAUUGGCAACACACCAAUGGUGUAUUUGAACAAACUUGCCAGAGGAUGUGCUGCGAAAAUUGCCGUCAAAUUGGAAUAUCUCAAUCCAGCAGGAUCAAUCAAAGAUCGUAUCGGAUACGCUAUGAUUGCCGCAGCUGAGAAAGAGGGAAAAAUUAUUCCCGGUGUGACCACUCUCAUCGAGCCAACAUCUGGAAAUACAGGAAUUGCCUUGGCAUUUGUUGCCGCGUCCAAAGGAUAUAGAUGUAUUGUGACGAUGCCAGCAUCUAUGAGUCAGGAGAGACGUAUGCUUCUGAAAGCUUAUGGAACUGAUGUUGUGCUCACUGAUCCGGCUCGUGGCAUGCAAGGAGCUAUUGAUAUGGCUAAUCAGCUUAAAGAAAAAGUCCCAGCAUCAUACAUCCUCGCGCAAUUCGACAACCCCAACAAUCCUCUUAUCCACUAUCAAACCACGGGACCAGAAAUCUGGAAUCAAACUCAUGGAAAGGUCGACGCUGUUGUCUUUGGAGUGGGAACUGGCGGAACCAUCACUGGUGUUGGCCGCUACUUGACUGAGCAGAAUCCAGCGGUCCGUGUGUUUGCUGUGGAGCCAGAAGAGUCUGCAAUUCUUAGUGGCAACCCAUCGGGACCACACAAGAUUCAAGGAAUUGGAGCUGGGUUUGCGCCAGCUGUGUUGGAUACCAAGAUUUAUGAAGAUGUGAUUCGUGUUCACUCUGAUGAAGCUAUUGUGAUGGCCAAGAGACUUGCUUUUGAAGAAGGGCUUCUUUGCGGAAUCUCAUCUGGAGCCAAUGUCGCCGCUGCUCUCCGUCUUGCUCAACGCCCAGAAAUGGUUGGAAAGCUGAUUGUCACUGUGCUGCCAAGUUGCGGAGAACGUUACAUGACAUCCGCUCUCUAUGCUGAUAUCCGCGAGGAAGCUUCAAAUAUGGGAGUGGAAAGUUUGGAGGCAAACCUUGAGAAGCUCUGCCUCCACUCCUUCGAUGUGAUGGAAUAA